ACUGCCACACGGUGCUGGGACCGGAUUUUAUUCGGUUAGAAGUCUAGCGAGAGAAGAACGAGAGGCCGGGAAGCAGCGUCGACGAGCCACAUCAUCUCUCUCCGGAUCAUCCCUAUCUCCCGCGUCGCAAUCCGGCCAUUCGAUUGGAUAACUCUCCUCAGGGGCACAACAGUGUUGUUCGACUCCUCUAAGCCACAGAGGCCAAAUCCCAGACAUCCGCUCGAGGAAAUGCUCUAAAGGAGCCGAGGGGUUCUUUUGAGCACAAGAUGGUAAUCGGAAUGCUGAACCUGAGGACGAUGCUGCCGGUCUGCUCCGCCGUACCGAGCUGCUCUCAUUCUCAGAUAUGUCUGCAUGUAGGCACCAGAGCUUUUUAUCCUCUGCAGAAAGUUCUAGAGGAUAGACACGUUUUCGAAGGCAGGGGUUUUUCCUGGAACCAAGAUGGUAUUCGUGCUCAGGAUAUAUCUUUUAGAACAGAUGCUUCUAAAUGUGUGCAUUCACUAAUCGUGGAAAAACCUGAUCAGUCGGGUUCCUUGGAUUCCUCCAUAUUCUCUCCAUACCCGAAUGGAUUUGAUGAUAUAGUACGUGGAUUUUCUAAAGAAUGCAUUGAAAGUGAGCCUGAGGACUGGUAUUACUCAACAAGAGAGAUAAGUGGAUUAUAUCCGAUCACUGAGGACCUAAAGACUCCAAGAUUAUCAGGGCCUUCGAUGCUGCCCGAUGACCUUGGCAAUUAUAUUGCAGAUGAUAUAAGCAGUCAUAGUGUCACAGCAGGGACAAUGGUAUCACCUGAUAUAGAACCACCACCUGCUGUUUCCCCUAGCGGAGAUGCACUUCAGGAUCUACCAAAUUCUCUUGAUCAAAGUUCUAAUGGAUUAUCUGGUUUGGUAUCUUCUGGCUCUUUUUUUGUCCCUAAUGCUACGGAAACUACUCUUACUGACAGUCCAGCACCAGUUUCUGAUACAUUCGAAGCGGCUAAUAAGGGAAUCCUGGAUCUGAAAGAAAGUGUCAAUCAUCUUGUAUCUGGAAUUACUGAAUCUAUAAAUACAUCAAUAGGUAAAUUGGAAGGUGCUGCCAAAGACUCAUAUGAUGCAUUUACUUUAUCGGUUUCAGAUACUGUCAGAAGUGUGACAAAUUCAUUUGACAGUGUGGUCAGCGGCUUAUUUUCUUCAGUUGAAAACUCCAAAUUACAAACCAAUAAUGAAUUGACAGGCUACUCCAGUGCACUGAAGGAAAAUGCGUACAGGGCAGGCACUUCAGCUAUUGACAUACUGAGACAAGUGAUUAUAACUGUGGAGGAUUCUUUGGCAAAUGCAGCAACAUUUGUUGUUUAUUCUUAUGGAACAGCAAAGUCAUUACUUCCACCGGAUGUCAAGGAUGUGCUAGACUUAUCCGAGGAGAAAACUUUACAGAUUCUGAGUCCUGUUGGUGCUGCUUUUAAACAGGUAUACAUCAUCAUUGAAAAUUUUGAAAGAAAUCUAGGUUUGGAUCCUAACGAUCCAAUACUGCCGUUCAUACUUAUUCUUGGAAGUUCAGGCGUGAUAGGAGUAUCUUACUGGUUAUCAAAGUAUGGUGGGUAUUCUGGUGAUUUGGCUCCUGAAAUAACUUUAGAGCUCCUGAAAGGUGAAGAGAAUGCUGUACUUAUAGAUGUCCGGCCUGAGGAUCUCAGGGAGAGAAAUGGUGUUCCUGAUCUUCGACGGGAAGCUAGGGCUAAAUAUGCUAGCCUGACUCUUCCUGAGAUUGAUGGUUCAACAAAGAAACUGCUAAAGGGGGGUAGAGAGAUUGAUGAUGCCAUUACUGCAGUUGUCAUCCGCAACUUGAAAAUUGUUAAAGAUGAGUCAAAGGUCAUCAUUAUGGAUGCUAAUGGUGGUCGGUCCAAAGCCAUUGCAAGAUCCUUGAGAAAACUUGGUGUGAAGAAACCAUACAUUGUUCAAGGUGGCUUUCAAUCAUGGGCAAAAAAGGGUCUCCGUAUUAAAGAGCUCAAACCUGAGACCGCAUUGACUGUAUUAAAUGAGGAAGCUGAGGCAAUCCUCGAGGAUAUUAAACCUACACCUGCACUUGUAAUUGGAUAUGGGCUGGGAAUGUCUGCAGCCAUCUAUGCUUUACUAGAAUGGGAGAAGACACUGCAAAUCAUUGGUCUUAUUGGCCUUGGACAGUCUCUUUAUCGACGGGUGGCUUCAUAUGAGGACUUGAAGGAUUUAAAGCAGGAUGUGAGGUUGCUUCUAGCUCCUGUGAGACGGGGAGCGCAAGCAUUUUCUUGGGCUGCUAGGAAAAUAGAGCCAAACAAGGUUGGUCUACCAACAUCACCCUCAUCAACAGCUGUUCAAGAUCGUGUGCUACAAGCAGCCGCAAAACAUGAAUCUCAACCAUCUGAUGCUGAGGAAGCCCAAGGGUUGCCGCAAGAAUCACUGGGUCAGACGAAAGAGAAUUUGGACCUCUCAGAAGCAUGACACCUUGAAUUGCAAACUUCCAUGUCUAGAUAAUUGCAGGUUUUUGGGCAUCUUCACACCUAUAUUCCAAGGAAACCAAAUUGGUUCCUGCAAAUUUUGUUCAGAAUUGGACUCAGAGUGAUCCAGCAGGGUGAUGGCAACAACAUUUUCUUGUGAAAGGUGAUGUUUGGUUUCCAUGAGAAAACAAUGAGCCAAGACAAACCUGUGGUUUAAAUCUCCAACCAUUCAUAGCUCCAAUUUUAUGACCCAAUUCAAGAAGCCUCGAAAAGUUUCAGUUACCAAACACUCGGAUGCAGCUGAUAAAGUUUACAGGCAGCCAACUUGUUAGGUGCAUGCAUUCCAGUGAGCAAUCAUGCCAGAGAUUCAACUUAAAAACUGUGAACUAAUUAGCUUGGUUUGGUAACAAUUAGUCGAAUCUAUCGACGUAAAGUGUUUAUAUGCAUAUGCUUAGGGCUGGCUAACUGAUGGUUCUCUAGGAUGACUCCAUAAUCAUAAGGCUGGUGUGGAUGUUACAUU